UUCUUUUUUUAAUCGUUAAGAAGAGUUAAUAAUUCAAACAUGCUUAAAAAAGUUGUUAUAACAGGAAUAGUUGGAGUGGGUGGAUUUGCACUCUACAAAACUUCUCUUGAAUAUUCAAAAAAAAAUUCAUUAUCAACAUUAACACGAGAAAAAUAUACUCCUUUAACUGUUAGUAAGAUAACACCAUACAAUCAUAAUACAAGUAUAUUUCGAUUAAAAUUUCCAAAACCAUUAAAAGAACCAUCUCCAAUUGCUUCUUGUGUGCUUCUUAAAGAUGAUUCCUCACAAAUAAUGAGACCAUAUACACCAAUUAGUCUUGUUGAUGAAUUAAACCAUAUUGAUUUAAUGAUAAAAAGAUAUGAUAAUGGACAUAUGUCUAAAUUGGUUCAUAGUUUGAAAGUUGGUGAUAAGAUUGACGUUAAAGGUCCUAUUGUUACUUUACCUUAUAAAGCGAAUAUGAAAAAACACAUUGGAAUGAUUUGUGGUGGAACAGGGAUAACUCCAAUGCAUCAAUUAAUCGAUUGUAUACUUCGAAAUCCAGAAGAUAAAACAAAAAUAUAUUUAGUUUAUGCGAAUAUAGCAAAAGAAGAUAUUCUUCUUCAUGAAGAGUUGGAACAAUUAUCGAAAGAAAAUCCCGAACAGUUUAAAAUUUAUUAUACACUUGAUAAUCCACCAAAAGAAAAUUGGACGCAAGGUACUGGAUUUGUAAGUCAGAAAAUGGUAAAAGAAAAUAUCCCUGCUCCAAGUGAUGAUGUUCUUGUAUUAGUUUGUGGUCCAGGAGGGAUGAUGCGUCAUAUUAGUGGACCAAAAGCACGUGAUAGGUCUCAAGGACCCGUUGAAGGUAUAUUGAAAGAACUUGGAUAUACUCAAAAUCAAGUGCAUAAAUUUUAAUAUGGGAAAUACUGGAAAUACUGUGACUGUAUAUGAGACAAAUUUGGUUACCCUUUUUUUAUAAUUUUUUUUGAAAUUCAUUAUUAUUUAUUGUUGACAUAUGUUUAUAUAAGUAUUUUAUUUCUGAAAGGAUUUAAUCCUUUAUCCAUUGAAUUUAUAAUAAAAUAAAUAUUGUAAAAACUUGUAAUUGUAAGGUGAAAAACUAUAAUAUUAAUAUAAAGUUACA